AUUCAGGAAACUUCCGCUUCGGUGACUCCCUUUCAACCUCGCUGGCGGCACGUUGACGUCACGGCGCCGUGUGGCGUGCGGACGUCGAGGGGCGGUACUGCGUUCGCCGAACCGCCCUUUGGGUGGCGAACCAGCGAGUCUUCCUCUCUGCCCACCCCCAGCGCGGGCCAUGGCGCCGUCGCGCCUCGGGACCCUCUGCUGACGCCUCUGUUGCCCGGGAUGUGGGCUCUUGCGAGUCGGGGCCGGUGGCACGGACGCACGCUCAUGGCGGGGACCGCGCUUCAGGGGCUCCCCGGGUCUCUCCCAGCGCCAACUCGGCGAGCUGCCGCCCAGCCCUGGGCUCCGGACAGGCGCUGCAGCUCCGCAGCCCGCAAGGAAAAAAUUGACAUGUGUAGAUUCCCUGUUGAAAAUACUAGAAAUUUCAGUAUCAUUGCACAUGUGGAUCAUGGCAAAAGUACUUUGGCAGAUAGGCUGCUGGAAUUAACAGGGGCAAUAGAUAAAACAAAAAAUAAUAAGCAAGUUCUUGAUAAAUUGCAAGUGGAGCAAGAAAGAGGAAUCACGGUGAAAGCACAGACAGCAUCUCUCUUCUAUAAUUGUGAUGGAAAGCAGUACCUUUUAAAUCUCAUUGAUACACCAGGCCAUGUAGAUUUUAGUUAUGAAGUAUCCAGGUCACUGUCUGCUUGCCAGGGUGUUUUACUUGUGGUUGAUGCAAAUGAGGGUAUUCAAGCCCAGACUGUAGCUAAUUUCUUCCUUGCCUUCGAAGCGCAGCUAUAUGUAAUUCCAGUUAUAAACAAGAUAGAUCUGAAGAAUGCUGAUCCUGAAAGGGUUGAAAAACAAAUUGAAAAAGUGUUUGAUAUUCCAAGUGCUGAAUGUAUUAAGAUUUCUGCUAAACUUGGAACAAAUAUUGAAAGCGUUCUUCAGGCAGUCAUCCAAAGAAUACCACCUCCUAAAGUGCAUCGCAAAAAUCCCCUGAGAGCUUUGGUGUUUGACUCCACAUUUGAUCAGUAUAGGGGUGUGAUAGCCAAUGUAGCGUUAUUUGAUGGAAUGGUUUCCAAAGGAGAUAAAAUUGCAUCUGCACAUACUCAGAAGACAUACGAAGUUAAUGAAGUAGGAAUUCUGAAUCCGAAUGAGCAGCCAACUCAUAAACUAUAUGCAGGACAGGUGGGCUAUCUGAUUGCUGGGAUGAAAGACGUCACUGAAGCACAAAUAGGAGAUACAUUAUUUUUACAUAAACAACCAGUGGAGCCCUUGCCUGGGUUUAAAUCAGCGAAACCAAUGGUAUUUGCAGGAAUGUACCCUGUAGACCAGUCUGAAUAUAAUAACCUGAAGAGUGCUAUAGAAAAACUGACUUUAAAUGAUUCCAGUGUGACAGUUCAUCGGGAUAGUAGCCUUGCCUUAGGUGCUGGCUGGAGGUUGGGAUUUCUUGGACUUUUGCAUAUGGAAGUUUUCAACCAGCGACUAGAACAAGAAUUUAAUGCUUCUGUUAUUUUGACAACCCCCACUGUUCCAUAUAAAGCUGUUCUUUCAUCAGCAAAGUUAAUAAAGGAAUAUAGAGAAAAGGAAAUUACAGUCAUCAAUCCUGCACAAUUCCCUGAUAAAUCAAAAGUAACAGAAUAUUUGGAGCCAGUUGUUUUAGGCACCAUUAUUACACCAGAUGAAUAUACUGGAAAAAUAAUGAUGCUUUGCCAGGCUAGAAGAGCAAUUCAAAAGGAUAUGAUGUUUAUUGAUCAAAAUAGAGUUAUGCUUAAAUAUCUCUUCCCUUUGAAUGAAAUUGUGGUAGAUUUUUAUGAUUCUUUGAAAUCCCUGUCUUCUGGAUAUGCCAGUUUUGAUUACGAAGAUGCAGGAUAUCAGACUGCAGAACUUGUGAAAAUGGAUAUUCUACUAAAUGGAAAUACUGUAGAGGAGCUAGUAACUGUUGUACACAAAGACAAAGCACACUCUGUUGGCAAAGCCAUAUGUGAACGUCUGAGGGAUUCUCUUCCUAGGCAGCUGUUUGAGAUAGCAAUUCAGGCUGCUAUUGGAAGUAAAAUCAUUGCAAGAGAAACUGUGAAAGCCUAUAGGAAAAAUGUUUUGGCAAAAUGUGUACGUAUCUACCUGUAUUCUACUUGGAUAAUAUAUCUAGUUUAUGAGUUUAGAAUUCAAAGGAGGUAUAGUUUCCAUUGUUGAUUUUUUUAAUGCCCUUUGUUUCAUUUCCAAGUUUUCUUUUUUGAAUCUCAGCUUGACUAUAAGUAUAUCCAUUUUGAUAAUAUUUUAAAUAUUUUUCCAUCUUAUUUAUAAAAAUAUCUUAAUAUGCAAUAUUAUCUAAGAGUAAUUUUAUAACAGGAUAAUUUUAUAACAGGAUCAGGAUAAUGUUUUGUUUUUUAUAAGGAAAGAUUUUGAAGUCUCUGGCUAUCUUACAGUGGAAAGAGUAUGGGAAUUGAAAUCCAUCUCUCCUAUAUUCCUUUGCUGCAUUUGCUGUUUCAUCUGCUAAAGUAUUAACUCAGUUGUUAUGAGAAUUGAAUGAUGAAUGCUUUUUUUAAAACUUUACCAUAAGGACUGGUGCAUUUAUGCCUGUGGGUUUCUAUUUUAAACUAUAGCUACAUAAUCCAGAAUUUCAAGCCUUGAAUCAGUAAGGUGAUUGAUAAUUUCUCAAUUACAUGUGUAAUGCAGAACUGGGUUUCCAUGGUGAUCUUUAUCCAAAAAAAUAAAAGAUAAAUGAAGUCUUACAUUCUUUGAGGAGGUAGAAAAAUUAGGAUUUGCUAGG